CUUCCGUGGUCCUUGCUGUAAGGGAUCCUUGGGACGUCCAUACCCCCCCAAUUGAAGUUGUAACGUAAAUUAGGAAAUUGGGCUGGGUAGGGUUUAGGAUAAGGACGUCCCAAGGAUAUCGGAUUGCAGUGAUGAUAUCUUCCGGUUUUCACUACCACAGCCACAAAGUCAAAAUUGUCUAUCGUACAAAUUUAUGAAAACAAAAAUGUGCUUUUUGGUCAUACUUUAAAGUUAGAGUUAGGCAUAAGGUUAGCAGUUUGGUUAGUGUUAAGGUUGGAGUUAGGUUUCAAAUCUGAUUUAAGAAGAACAUUUUACAAAUAGGCGGGGUUUAUGACUUUGUGUCUGUGGUAACUAGUGAUGUGGUAACUCAUUCUUCCGUACCUAGAUAGUUUGGUUGAUAUGUAGCAGGCUUCGCGUUCAGUCUUGCUGAUAAUGUGAAUACUUACUAGUUAUGUUCAUAUAGGGAUGUAUCUUGCUAAUUCUAUCAUAGUUCUAAAAUGUAGAUAUCACACCUUUAGUAUGCUUCGCGAAAUGUCAAAAAAAGUAUUAUGGGAGCUUGCCUAAGUUCCUCACAAACAUUUUCACUCUAUUCUGCCUCCACAUUUUUGGCGCCUUGGCGAUUCGCCCAAUGAAAAGCAGCUGUACUAGUCUUCUCGUACAGAAAGACUAAACUCCAUUGCCUAUGAGACAUUGCCUGGAGGUUCUGGUCAACUGUUAAGUGGCACCACCUGACAGAGAGGGGAUGAGACCUCAGGAUGUGCUAGCAACCCAGACCUGGCUCCAGUCCUCUUGGCAGGUCCAGGUGCCUUUCGCCUGGCUAGAGGCAUGUGUGGAGUGGCUGCAGCAGGAAGGAGGAGGAGCCCCCCUGCCUCAACACCAGCUUAAUCAGCAGGUCCUGGAUCAGUGGCUGCUGACCGACCUACGUGACCUGGCCCACUCUGUGCUCCCUGCAGGGCUAUCUCAGGCCCAGAAGUCGGAGCUCAGCGGCAGCUUCUGCGUGCAGCUGGACUCCCUACUGGACAUUAGCCAGCCUGCCUAUGGCCAGCUUCAGGGCUGGAGGGGCACUGACUGCACCAACGAGGCUGUGUCAGCCAUCACCCAGGCCACCCAGCGGACCUGGGAGGCCAAACCCACACGCAUGCUGCUGCUGCAGCUCACUGAUGGUGUGCAGACCCUGGAGGCCAUGGAGUACCAGCCCAUCCCUGCACUCAGCACCACCCUCAAGCCAGGAGUCAAACUGCAGCUGCAGGGCCAAAUAACCUGCCGGCUAGGGGUGCUACUGCUGAAGCCAGGCAACGUAAAGGUGCUGGGAGGGGAGGUGGAGGAGCUGGGUGAGAGGCACUCUCAAGGGAAGGUGCUAUGCAGGGCUCUGGGACUGCCUGAGGUGGAGCUACAGGGUCCGGCUGAGCAGCCAGAUGUCCCACAACCAGUUAACCAGCAGGCUGACAACCAGGACGACCUGGAGCUGCUGGCCAACCUGGAGACCCAGGAGAGGCAGGUGGGGUGGAGUGUGGAACCCAGCCUGGAGAGUGGCUACAGGACCCGCAGUGAGGAAUCCUCUGCCUCUUACAGAAAUGCCUCGUUGCAGAGUCGGAUCAUUGAAAGCCUUGCAGAUUCUCUACUCGUAAGCUCUUCACCCCAUGAGGUCCUGGAACUGGACAAUUUGGACAUCCCAGAUGAGGACUUUGAUGACCUUCCCCUGGAUGAGCUUGAUGGUAUGAUUUUCCAGGAGAGCCCAAUCCAACUGACAAACAGGAGGGAUAAUCAAAGAGACAACCUGAGAAGGCAGGAAGAAGUAUCUAACCACAACGCUCCACCAUUAGAUGACAUGAGAAACAAAAGCCAUUUUGACUCCCUUGAUGAGAGGGAUGGUCCUGUUUUGGACGAGGACAUGAACUGCUUCUUCCCACCAGAGCCAAAAGCUCCUAGACAUGAGCAAAGACGAGAUAGUACCUGUGUCAGAGAACUGGGAACAGGCCAGCCCUCUGUGGCAGGAGCAGAGAGGCUCUCAACCAAAAUCCCAGAGAGUGCGGUGACUGUGACGCUCGAUUCAUCCCCGUUUACGUACCUGUGUUUGCUGCAACAGGUUGCUGCGGGCACCUCGGGCCUGCUGGAGUGCGUGAGUGAGGUGUGUGUGAAAGCCUUCAUCGUCACCCUGCAAGGGAACCUCAAAUGCAGUAAGGGGGAGUGGCGGGUCAGCGCCUCCAUCUCUGAUGGAACUGGUUACAUGGACGUUCACCUCUCAGACCAGGUUCUGACGGGCCUGCUGGGGUUCUCAGCGGCUGAGAAGUCGAAGUUAGACCCAGCCCGGAAGGACGCAGGGAUGAAGGCGUGUCAGCAGGGCCUGGUGGACAUGUGUUGCGUGAUGACUCUGAGGUUGGACCCCGCCGGUGGGAAGGCUGUGGUCCUCAAGGCUGAUGCAGUCACAGAGGAGGACUUCCGAGCCCUGGAGGAGCGAGUGAAAGAGGAGGACUCUGGGACAUGGACCAGUGAAGGCUGCUGAGGGGAGGACAGCUCAUAAUAAUGGCUGGAAUGGAGUGAGUGAAAUGGCAUCGAACGUAUGGAAGACAUGUGUUUGAUGUAUUUGAUACCAUUCCACUCCAGCGAUUACCAUGAGACCGUCCUCCCCAAUUAAGGUGCCACCAACCUUCUGUGAUGUGGGCUAUGGAGGACUGCUUUGGGGAAUUCUGGGUUGUGAUGACUGCCUUGGAUGUAUGUGGAUUUCCAGCUCUCUGGCCCUGGUCCACUGUUGUAAAACUUCAUUCAUGCAGCCAUCAGGCUACUCUUGAACAUUUUUGAAUGUUCAAGGGCAACAAUGUUAAUAAAUAUAAAUUAUUCUUAAAAUAGCCUUUUUUUGUGUGUUUUGAAUGAAGGAACACAAGCUUAUUACAGUACUAAAAUACAGUAUUUUUAAGAAGUUAGCCUUCAGUAUUUGAUAGUAGGUAUGCAACUGUGUAGAUGUCCCUCACUGAUGGUUGAUUAGAUUAACUGUUGCUAAUGUAUGACAGUUUUAUUUUGAUGGAUAAAUCCUAUUUUAAUGUUUUUCUCUA